AUGGCUGAGUUUACACAUGAUGAGGAAGGUUACUGUGGUAUAACUUUUGAGGAUUUGGCUGAGAUAUGUCCAAAUCUUCACUGUUCUGAUUUGGAUAUUCAAAACGACUUUGAUUUUACAGAAUUUAACACCAAUUCUCUACCACCCAGCUUCUGUAAUUUCCCAUCUGACUCCACGCCUUUUACCAAGAGUUUACACAGAAUUGCUAUUCAAUGUAUUGGAAAUAGUAAUUUUGGCCUUAAAGGCCGCAGGCUUUUCUGGUCAUUUCUCUUACUCAUUCGCAAGGGUAGCUCUUUUAAAGAAAUUACUGAUGAGGUAAUUUCGAGUAGAUCAGAGUACUGGAACAAGGUUAAAAAGUUCGAGAGAAGAAAUUCUAUGAAAAGCAUUCAGGAAUUGGAUCCUCAGAUAUUUCAUCCUCUAGCACCGGCCGAAACUAAUCCUUGGUCUUUAAGUCAGAAAUCAAAGGAGUUAAUGGACGAGAUUUGGCAAGAUAUUGAACGAACGUAUCAGGAGCGUUCACUUUUCCAACGUGAAUCCGUUCGGAAAUCACUCCAAAGAAUAUUAUUUGUUUGGAGUAUGGAACAUAAUUAUAUCUCAUACAAACAAGGCAUGAAUGAGUUAUUAGCAAUUAUAUAUAUUACCUGCUAUCGUGAUCAGUUCAUCCAAAAGUAUAAUAGUGCCUAUUCCAGUAAUAAGACGGAAUUACCUUUGAAAGUUAACUCUAGAAUUUCUACCAUGAGUAGUCAUAAUAGUACUAAUGGACUUGAGAAUACUGAUACAUUAUUAAAGGAAGGAUCUACUUUACAUCCACAACGUUCGCCAAAAUCAUAUGAUGAAGAUAAUAUGUUUAAAAUAGUGUUUAGUAAUAAUGAAGAGGAUAUAGAAGCAGAUUCUUAUGUAUUAUUUAAUUCGCUAAUGAGUAAGGAACUACAGAUGAUGUAUGAUGUUAAUGCUGUGGACCAUUUUUAUACUAAUUUCAAUAAACUUAAUUACAAUCCAUUAAUUUCAAGAUGUAAUUUUAUAUAUAAUUUAUUAAAGGAAUGUGAUAACAAAUUGUAUAUGUAUUUGAAAAGCUUAGAUUUAGAACCACAUCUGUUUCUAAUACGAUGGAUUCGACUGUUAUUUAGUAGAGAAUUUAACAUUAAUGAAACACUCAACCUUUGGGAUUUUCUACUCUCAGAUUAUUAUUUUGAACAAAUUGCCAAGAAGUCAGCUGAAACUGAUACAAACGAUGUAACCCAUGAUAAUGAAGUGAAUAAUUGUGUAUUUGAUAUCAUAAAUUACUUUUCUGUUGCCAUGAUCAUCUUCAUCAAAUCUAACCUGUUGGAGAAUGAUUUGAAUGGAUGUCUACAAAGGUUGUUCAAGUAUCCACCAAUUGAAGAUAUUUCACUACUCACUAAUAAAGCUAUAUUUCUCAAAUAUCGCAAUAAGACAAAUAAUUCCAAUAAUGCAGAUACGGUAUUGAAUGGUGAUAUAGAAAUGAGUAAUGAAGUGGAGAGUGUGAAUGAGGAGUUUGUAGAUGCUUGUGAAUUUGGGCAAGAAGUGUAUAAUUCAAGUUCUGGUGAUGAUGAUACACCAAAAUCUGUAGUAAUAAAGCUUUUGGAUGAUUCCACUGUGGUAGAAACACCAAAUAGCUCAGAAUCAGAAACGUUCGACACCAAUCUCACAAUCAACGAAUUAGGAAAUGAAUUGAAUAAAAUAGCAUCAGAACUCUACGAUAUAUACCAUAACCUACCCAAAAAGUAUAAUUACAUAUUAUAA